AUGAGCGCAAUACCUAAGUCAAAUUUAAAACGAAUUCGAGAUAUUCUAUUAGCAGAUGAAAAUGGAAUUAAUAAUGAUGUUAAUGAUAAUCAAGGUUCUGAUUCAGAUAGUGACUCUGAUUUUCUUGCAACUGAAUCAGAUGAUACAUCUAAUAGUGAACAUAUAUCAGAAGAAUCUGAUUUAUCAAAUUCUGAUUUUGAACAUGGUGAUGUUGUUACACUUAGUCAACCAGAAACAUUAAAAAAGAAUGGUGUCACAUGGUCUAUGUAUCCAAACUUAGAACAAAGCCGUACAGCUGCUGCUAACGUGAUGAAAAAAAAGUCUGGUCCUACUAUUAAAAUUCAGACAAUUCUUGAUGCUUUUAAACUUUUCUUUACAAAUGAAAUGCUUGAACAAAUUGUUCUUCAUACAAAUCUUUAUGCUAAACGAUAUUAUGAUAAAAAGAUUAGACCACGACAAGAUUCUAAUAACAUACGAUCAGAUUCACAUUUUUGGAAACCAGUUGAUCGUAUAGAAUUAGAAUCUUUUAUUGGAUUAUUGAUUCAAUCUGGUGUACAUCGAAGUAAUCAUGAAUUACUUAAUGAUCUUUGGGACAUCAGCCAAAGUUGUCCUUUAUAUCGUGCCACAAUGUCUCUUCAACGUUUCAAACAUCUUCUGCAAUUUAUUCGAUUUGAUGAUGGAGAAACUCGUGAUAAAUCUGAUCGUCUUGGCCCCAUUAGAUAUAUAUUUGAUAUUUUUACCAAACAGCUUUCUAAAUAUUUUGUACCUGGUGAAAAUUUAACUGUUGAUGAGCAAUUAGUGCCCUUUCGAGGUCGUUGUUGCUUUGUGCAAUACAUGCCAAGCAAGCCGGCUAAGUAUGGGCUAAAAUUUUGGGUAUUGCCAGAUGUUGAUAGUCGAUAUGUAUUGUCGAUUGAUCUAUAUACUGGAAAAAAGAACAACAAUAUCCAGAAAAAUCUUGCAACUGAUGUUGUUCUUAAGUUAAUCGAUCGUUUGCCGAACAACGUCAAACAAGGUCGAUGUAUUACAUUUGAUCGAUAUUUCACAGAUAUCAAAUUAUCUGACGCUUUGUUAGAUAGAAAAAUGACGUCUAUUGGUGUUGUCGAGCACAGGCGAUCGUUUUUACCUGAUGAAUUGAAACUAUGUCGUAGAAACUCAUAUUCAACAUGGUUUUAUUUUUCAAGACAACACAUGGUUUUAUCCUAUCAAGCCAAAGAGAAGAAAAAGCCCAUCAUUAUAUUAUCUUCAUCACACAAUCAACCUGAAGUUUUUGAUGAUGAUAAAAAGCUACCAUGUGCAGUUCAUGAUUAUAAUCAAACAAAAUAUGGCGUUGAUGUCAUUGAUCAAUGUAUUGGAAAUUACACAGUCAGACGAAUAAAUAGACGAUGGCCGAUUGUAAAAGAUAUGAUACAUUCAGAAUUUAAACUGAAAUUCCAAAGCAAUAUUGAAACAAUAUUAAAGCAAAAGAAGGUCUAUGAUAUUGCUAGUCAGGUACCAAACACCAUAUAUAACAAUCUUAUUACUAAAAGUAGAAAUAAAGAAUUUUAUGACUUUUUUAUUGAUAUUUCCAAUCAAUGUGACAAACUCAUUAAUUCAAAUCCAGAUAAAAUAGGUUACACUGUUAUGAAGACGACAGGUUUAUCUGAUUUCAAUAUGAGUUUAUCUCCUGAAGACAUUGAUAAGCAAAUUGAUAAAAAUUAUUCAUAUUCAAAAGCCAUUGAAAGUUGCGUAUUUGAUUUAGAAUCGAAAGUCAAAAGUAUUGACAUAAAACAGCAUUAUGAUAAUCUGCAAAAAGUUUUUGAUAUUAAAUCUUACUAUCCAGAAAACAUACAUUUUCCUCUCGAUGUGCAAACUCUUCCUGAAGGUUCUCUUGUUCGAGAAGUAUUUUCACAAGGAUAUGGAAAAACAUUUGUUUCUGAUUUAGAAGACAGUUAUGGACAACAAUUAUCUGUAAUAGAAACAAAAGAUAUAGAAGAUGAUAAAAUAUUAGGAAAACUUACAAGUAACUCAACUGUUGUCGGAUAUUUACAAACACCAAGAAACGAAAUUCAUUUAGAAACCGGAUAUGAUAUAAAUAGAAUCGCUGAUGUUUUACUUAAUCACGCUUACAACAUUCUAAGAGAUCAAUCAACACAACUUAAAACACAACGUAAACAAAAGCUUGAAUUACUUUAUUUGAUUGAUGAAUUUAAAUUCUUUGAUAUACUCGAUGAAUCUGAUGAAAUCUUACGUCAUGGAAAAGAAUUAAAUUAUACAUUAGGAUUAGCUAAACCUUUAGAUGGUGGUGCAAUUCGUUGGGAAAUUCCAUUUUUACUAUUCAAAAUUAUUUUUUAUGAAAAAAGUUUUGGUGACAUACUAAAAGCAGCAUCUCAAAGAAGUGAUUGUCCUGUUAUUUUUCAAAAUAAUUUUAAGCCAGUUAGUGGAAUUGGUGGAGGAAGUCCACUUGUCCGUUUUAUCAAACAUGAAUAUUUUGUACAGGAUAUCAGAUCAAAUCUUUCUCAAGAACUUUGUAAAAUAUUACUCUUAAGAUUUCAGGAAAAAAAAACUAAAAUAAUUGAUGAUAAAGGUGAAGAAUACGGAACUUAUGAGGACUUUGUUGCAGGAAAAUAUUUCUCAGUGGAGGAAAAAAUAAUUCAAUUAUUGAAAGUAAAAAGUCAAGACAUGUUAAAUAGUUUUUUAUUAGCAAAAGCUUGGUUAUCUCAUGAAUUACUUUAUCAUGUUAUGAGUUAUCGUUAUAGAGUUGAAUAUGGAUUGUCAGAAAAGAAGGAAAAAGAAAUUGCUAUUCCAUUUCGAGGAAAAGAUUUACCAUCGGAAAAUUCAGAAUUUAGUCAUCCUGAUAUUAUGAUAGGUUUUACAAUUCUUAGUUAUUUAUAUAGAGGAUUAGAUGUGAAACAAGUAAAAGAUGGAUUAAUUAAAUUAAAAAGUGAUCCUAAACAAGAUAGAGAUAGUUUAUUAAAACAAAUAGUUAAAGAAAAUGAACAAUGGAUUUAUGAACAAAUUAAGAAAGAAAAUGAACCAUUUCCAGAAUGGUUAAAAUCAUUCACGACUCUUGAUCUUGAGAGUGAAAAUAGAAUUAAAAAGGCUCAUCUUUAUCUUUCUCGAAACUUUACCUUUAUUCAAUAUUAUUUAAGUAAUUUCACGUUUCCAAAUGAUACAAAAUACUACGAGAAAAAGCUAACAGGAAAUGCUCACACAUUGGCAGGUGAAGAAAAAACCAAUGGAUUUUCUGGUACUGAUGAUCGUAAUGAUACAAUGCCUAAAUCUAUUGUUUCAAAACGAUUAGCAUCUCAAUUAGGAACCAAUGGCAAGAUGUUACAUAUUUUAUCACGAAAAAUAAAUAAAAAAUACGAGUCAAAGUUAGAAAUAUCUAGUACAGUAAACUUUUUAGAUCAAGUUUGCAAAUAUGCCCAGAUGACGAAGGAUUGUUAUAUUUUAAUUGAUGCAGGUGCUAUUGUUACCGAAAUGAGUAAUUUUGAUGCAUCUAAAUAUCUUAUUAAGAAUAUUGAUAAAAGAUUCGAUGGAGUUGUCUAUUUUUCUGAUAAGACUAAUAAAAUAAUGGUUAUUCUAAGAAAUAACGAAUAUUUACCGUUAUCAGCGUGUCAUAUUGAUAACAAGAAAUUAUUUGUUUAUUUGGAUGAAGUUCAUACUCGUGGAACUGAUUUGAAAUUACCACUAACUGCGCAUGGAAUUGUAACACUAGGAAAGAAUAUGAACAAAGAUAAACUUAUGCAAGCAGUUAUGCGUCUUCGUGAUCUUGACUUUAAGCAAUCGAUUGUGUUAUGGGGUUCGAAAGAAAUUUCAGCAGAAAUUGCAAUAAUAAAUGGAAUUAAUAUAGACGAUAUAACAAGUAAACAUGUUAUAACAUGGGUUACUUACAAUACAAUUCAAAAAAAUGAAAAUGAUUUAUAUCUUGUUAUGAAAGAGAAAUUAAAAUAUGUAGUCAAAAGUAGAGCACUUGAAUAUCAAAAGAAAGUUAAAGAGAUUCCUAUGAAUUCUCUUAUUAUAGCAUAUGUAAGUGGAAGUUUGGAUAGCAUAGAAAAGUCAUAUGGUACUACUCCUCAGAAGCGAAAUCCGAGAGAUGUUUUAAACCGAAAUAUGGGAGCGUAUUUAACUGGAUUUUAUCCACUUGUAAAAAGUGAACUAGAAGAGAAAGGGCAAUCUAAAGACUUGAUUAAAGAGAUUGAUAUAGAUGAAAAUAUCGAUAGACCGAAAAUGAAAGAAAUGUUAGAAAAAGUAGAUCAAAAACUUCCUAAGAGUAUAUUAACUAUUAAUGCUGAUAUGGAUAAUGAUCAAGAAAAUGAAAGAGAGAUUGAAGAAAUGCAGCGUGUUGAAGUUGCUCCUGUACCGAAAACAGCACCGCCACCAGAAGUUACUUGGGAUUUUGAUAAGAUCUUUGGAGAAAAUUUUCAAGAUAGAGCAUUCAGAGGAGAAAAUGGCUAUCCAAAACUAAAAGAAUUAAAAAAGUGUUUUGAAUUUACCGACAUUGAUGGUCUGAAAAAAUUAAAAUGGCAUGGUAAAGUCUUCGCAACAGAUAAUUUCAUCAAAACUAUUGAAGCAAUAGAUGAUAAAAAUAAACAAUGCCAAAACGAUUAUUUGAAACCAGUUAACAUGAUAUUAAUUCUUAGAAAGGAUAAAGAAGUGUGUUUUAUUAUUGUUUCUAUAUUCGAAGCUCAACAUCUUGUUAAGUUAUGUUAUGAAAAAAAGGAUCCUAAAGUAAGUCUAGUUCAUAUUGAUGAUGUAAAUGGUCCGACUAUGGUUCCAACAAAUGCUACAUUAGUACCAAAAGAUGAAAUUAAUAAUAUUAUAGCUAUUAUUCGAUUAUUUAAUGGAGAUUGUCAUUAUAAUACGGAAGAAAUCAGUGUGAUAAAAAAAUGUGUUGCUGUUGUUGACAGAGAUUAUUUCCAUCAAGAUAAAGCAAAAUCCGAGCAAAUUUACAGAGAACUUGAAUCUAGAUACUACCUUACAAAAGGCUUCAUGACAUAUAAACUUACGAAUAAAUUAGUUGAUGAAAGUCAAAAAAUCUUACCAGAAACAGAAGCUAAGUUAGGUAUACAUCUUCAAAGUCGACUUCAUUUGAUUAUCAAGGAAAGUAUUGCAGAAGACGCUGAUAGUGUUUCAAGAUUGCCUGGGCUAAUUAGACAGUUAAUUCAGAUUAGAGGAAAAACUGUACAGUACGAAAGAAGCAUAUUAAAAGAAAUACUUGAUAAGCACCAACAAUAA